ACUCGACGCAAAAGAAACGUCUCGGUCUAAGGAAACGGGGAGAGAGAGAGAGAGAGAGAGAGAGGGGCGGAGGCCGGAACGGCUGUACCGAUGGACGUCCUGGCGGGGUCCAUCGACGUCCGGGACCUGCUGUCUGCCCCGGACCUCGACGACCCCUCCACCCCGCUGUCCGCCCCCGACCUCCGCCUCCUCAUCGACCGCCUGCACCUCCGCUCCGUCCACAUCCAGCGCGCCGCCCUCCAGUACGCCCUCUCCCACCGCCGGGACCUCGCCGCCGCCCUCUCCCGCUCCUCCCGCGCCGCCGCCUCCUCCGCCUCCGCCGCCUCCGCCCUCUCCGCCGCCCUCUCCGCCCUCUCCUCCCACCCUCCCCUCGAUGCCGAGAUCCGAUCCCUCGCCCGCGAUAUCCUCUCCGCGCGAGAAGAGCUCGCGGAGCGGCGCGAGGCUCUCGGGGUCGUGGCGGCCGUGUCGGCGCUGCACGCGCGGCUGCGGGCCGCGCGGGAGGGCAUCCGCGCCGGGAGGGUCGUCGAGGCGGCGGAGGCGGUGCGGGACUUGAAAUGCUGUCUCUCCUCGGUUUGCGAGGAGGGCGGAGGGAGCGGCGGAUCGGAGGGAGAGCCUGCGGUUUUCGGGUUCUUGAGAAAAGAGUGGACGGAUUGCUUUGACGAGUUGCAAGCAGUGCUUGUGAAAAUUGUGGAUAAUUCCGUCAAGUUCGAGCCGGAGAAGGGGAGAGUGAUUGUAAGUUCUAAGCUGGCCGGGGGUGAGGGGAUUGGAGUUGAGCUCGAUGUUGCGUUGCGAGCGAUGGAGAUAGUUGAUGUUUUAGACUAUGGGAUGGCAAAAAUAGCAGACUUGAUGAUAAAGCAUGUAAUGGUUCCUGCGAUAAGUAACAGCUCUGUCGUUGUUUCGGUAGAAGUGCUUAAUCAGGAAGCCGUUGAAAAGCCUGAAGCAAUUCUUAACGUAGUUCCUUCACUGGAAUCCCAGGACUAUCAAGAUGGUUCGGCACUUUAUUCAAGGCUUAUUGAGAUUAUAAAGUUCAUCUGCAAAUUCAUUUGCCUGGAAAACAGAUCUUUUGUUCAUUGCUUUGGAAAGCUGACUUGGUCAAGAAUUUCUAACUUGAUUAUUACUCACUUUCUCUCCAAGGCUGUCCCUGACGUCGCUUCAAAGUUGAUUGAUUUUGAAGAUAUUAUUAGAUGUACUAUUGAAUUCGAGACCAAAUUGAAGGAUAUGAUAUUUAUUUCAACUGAUGCAAAGGAAGAAAAGUUGAGCCAAUUCGUCCAUGAUGUCGAGGUUCAUUUUGCUUCGAGGAAGAGGAGUGAGAUCUUGGCCAAGGCUAGAAAUAUACUUGUACAAUAUGAUUAUCCAGAUCGUCCAAUCACAGAGGAAGGUUUAAUGCAGGUUUCAAGUGCUGUUGGAUAUUCUUCUGAGUAUGUUGCUGAUCUUCUUUUCCAGCCAGAAAAGUGCUAUAUAUCUAAAUCAGCAACUCAACUGAUGAAGCUAGUGCAUGAAACUCUUAAGGAUGCUUGCUUGUCAUCUACUAGAGUGGCGAAGGAGUUCUAUCAUGCUGCUAGGGAUGCUUUACUUUUAUACAAAGCUAUAGUGCCUGUUAAGCUUGGAAAGCAGCUUGAUAGCGUCAGCCAGGUAGCUAUCAACGUCUACAAUGACUUUUUAUAUUUGUCCCAAGAGAUCCUCGGACUUGCGUUUGAGUACCGUGCAGAUUUUCCUAGUGGAUUACAGAAAGACGCAGUUUUUGUUGAUAUGGGACCAACUUUUUAUCAGAUAGCAGAGGACAUACUAGAGAAGCAAAUUCAACUAGUUAUAAGUAGCUUGAAGGAGGCUAUAGAUAGUGCUGAUGGGUUUGAGAACACCCACCAAUCUCAGCAGUAUGAAGCGGCAAAAUUCAGUGUAGAACAGGUGAUUUUCAUUCUUGAGAAAGUACAUAUUAUGUGGGAACCGUAUAUGCCAGCUUUGACUUACAAGAGAUCCAUGCGUAUAACCUUGGACUAUGUAUUUUCUAGAAUUACAAAAGACAUGCUUCUUUUGGAUGACAUGGCAGCUGAGGAAACCUUGCAGCUGCAAAGACUUAUUCACUUGAUGUUGGAAAACCUUUCCUCUUUGUUUGAAUCCUUCAUUGCUAAAGUAGAUGGAAAGGAUAAAGUCUUGAAUCACAUGUUAUGGGCUCAACUGGAUGAGAUGUUACCAUCUUUACGAAAAUUUCGUAAGUUGGCGGACUUGUUUGAUAUGCCACUGAAAUCUAUUACUGAAGCUUGGGAAAGUGGAGAACUAAUUCAUUGUGGCUUUACGUCUAACGAGGUGGUGAAUUUUAUCAAAGCAGUUUUCACAGAUUCUCCUCUGAGAAAGGAGUGUUUAUGGAGGAUUGGAAGUUCAAGCGCAAGCACGUAGAGAUCAUGGAUCAAAUUAUGACUAUACGUCAAGUAAUUCGAGCAAUCGAUGUGGUGCAGGGCAAACCCAAAGUGCUGGUAAUUGCUGUACAUGGAGCAAUUCCGUCGCUCAUCAGUAGUGAAAUGUAUGUGCUUUUCUCCAUGUAAAAUACUUGUGCGUAGCAGAUCAUCUAUGUGCAAGAAUUUCUUGCAGACGGGGUUGCGCCCAGUGUGCUCAAAGAGAGUGGAUGCAGUGAUGGUGCUCGUCUCUGUGAAUUGUAGGAUGUAGUAGUUGUUGUUUAAUGGGUGGUGCUAUUUGCUUUAACACAUUGCGGCUUCGGUUUGGACGUUCUAAUAAGUUAUCUAAUGGUACUGUUUUCGGCAUGAAGAUGUUAUUUUGUGAUGGGAAGUAAGGAAUUUGAUUUUUCUUUUAGAAAAGGUCUUGACAACUAUGAUUCAACAUGAUAGUGUAUUUUAUGUAUGAGAUGAUUUAUCUUA